CUAUGAUCAGGAGAGAGCUUUCCUUCCUGGACCCGGAAGCUAACUCAACCCACGUGGCGCCGAGGGCGGUAGAAGUUGCUGAACCCCCUGAAUUUCUGGAUUGAAGAAAGGAGCAGGUUACAUAUGAAGAAAUAGAAGUGGUAGAAAUGGACCCUCUGCAUGCCCUUAACGCUGCUUUCCGGAAGGUAGCAAAGACGCCCUUUGUCAUUGGUCUUACUGCUCCUUUUAAGAGCACCCGCUACUUCUCCACGUGGAAAAAACCGCCGUUGUUGGAAAACCAGCUUCUUGAGGAAGUAAGCAAUAAAAAAGCCAUCGCUUUGCAGCCUGAAACGUCUAAGCUUCAGGAAACUGACCUGUUGAACGCCACACCCCGUCCCGGUGGGAAAAAACGCAAGGCCGAUGCUCUUCAGAGUAAACCCUUCCAAAAAUUCUACACCAAAGCUGUGCCGAGCACCACUAAGGAAGAAUUCAGGAACCUGAGAAAUGAUGAUUUUGUCUCCAAGCAUAAAAAGCUCCAGAGAAGUCUUCCUCUGCCAGAAAGAACCAACGGCUCGGAGAUCUUGUUUGGGACAGCCCCUUGCUCCUUGGCCCUGGGAAGGUCCAAGCGGACGUUUUUCCAGCUCUUCCUCAGAAUGAGCCGAGACACAACAUCUCCUGGGGCAGAAAAAUUCUCCCAGUAUGCCGAGGAACGUGGGAUCCCGGUGAAGAAGGUGCCCAGGAAAGUGUUGGCUGCCCUUUGUAAAGGGGGCGUCCAUCAGGGGGUGUGUCUAGAAGCCUCCCCUCUUCGGCCCCUGGCCUGGCAGGAAGGACCACUCCACCGAGCCCCGGUUGGCAAGGGGUCGCAGUGUAUCUGGUUGGUUUUGGAGGGGAUACACGAUCCCAUGAAUUUGGGGGCGGUUCUGCGGACGGCGCACUUCCUAGGGGUUGACGGGAUUGUGACGAGUGAAAGGAACAGCUGCUCCCUGACGCCAGUCGUUAGCAAAGCCAGCUCGGGGGUCAUGGAAGUUUUUGAUGUAUUUAGCACCGAUGAUGUUCAAGACCUUCUUAAGACAAAAUCUGAAGAAGGUUGGGAAAUCCUCGGGACGGUCGGCCAUGGAAAGAUUCCGGGGGAGACGCCGGUUGUCACUUGCUCAGACUUUCGCUGGACUCAACCCACCAUAUUGUUACUUGGGAAUGAAGGUUACGGCCUGUCCCCGGAGACAAAAAAGUUAUGCCACAGGAUGUUGACCAUCUCUCCUGGAAGAGAUUUGGAAUUUGGGGUAGAAUCCUUAAAUGUGUCAGUGGCAGCCGGCAUUCUUUUGCAUGCCAUCUGCAAUCAGAGAAAUAACCACCCCAAAAUUACUGCAUCUGAAGGAGAAGAAGCAGACUCUACGGCUGUAAAAGACUGCAACCACGAAAGUCAGCCAACAAACAUCCUGGCAUAGAAUGAAUUUCAGACAGCUGAAGAACUCUGCAGCUCAGAGAGGAACACCUAAAAUGGAGGCAGCCAGACCUCUGGGAUGUAUUUUCACUCCAUGUUGUUUGUGCUUCAUCUUGUGCACUUUUGAAUUUUAGAGGUCCCUGGAAUCCUCUUUUGCAAAAUUUCAAGAGUGUCUUGUCCUGCCUGAAAACAAUAAACACCUUCCUGGUAUCCUAAUGCCUAAAGCUUUGUCAAAGAAAUCCACCCGUUAUAAAAAAGCCUCAUUUGCCAGGUCAGAAAGAAGUCACUGCUUCUUAGUUUUUAUAGCUCUGAUCCUUUUGCAGGUUAGAAAUUCUGAAUGAAAACCGCUGGAUGAAAGUCGGAAGGAAGUUAGUUUUGGGGCUGCACCUCUCCUACACUGAAAAGCAAUCAUUUAACCCUCUGGCUGUUUUUAAUCUUUUAAAAUUUGUAAUCCGUGACCUCCAGGAGAGGAUGGCGUUUUUAAAACCUGGGUUAAAAAAAGAUCCAGCCUCUUGGUUUGUCCCUAGAUUUUGGGGGGGGGGGGGGCAGAAUGAUUGGAAGGACUUGCGAUAUGUCCACUAGAUGGUGGUGUGGUUGUGUGUUCCUUAAUUUCUCCCAGGAGAAAAAGGUGGAAUCAGUUGUCGCAAGGCCUCAGAGCAUUAAUUCUUGUUGGCAUGAAGAGAUGAAAAUAAAGCCUGUUUCUUUCUCUGG